ACAAAAGGCCAAAUUGAAGAAUUCAACGGAUAUCGGAGCUGAAGACCUCAAACCAUGACAACAUACUCCAUGUUAACUCGGCAAACCACAACAUCCAAAUCAUAUUUUGUCGAACAAAUUCUUACCCAGUGUCCAUCACUGCUACUCCAAACAAUGCUAAACGUCAAUCUCCGUUUCAUGUUACAACAAGGUAUGGACAUUCUGAUUCCGUGAAAUUCUCACCAAGUCUGGCACAAAAGCUAUCAUUUGGUUGGGUGUAUUGGAUUAGCCAAUACAUCCCUAAUCCGUGGGCCCCACUUAAGCCUCUCUUAAGCAGGUGUUUGGUUCAAUGUAUUGCCUAAUACACCCCUAAUACGUUACGCCCUUAAUCCCCGAAAUUCUCUGUUUUCUAAUCCCUGGAUUCUCCUCAGUUUACAUCCGUUUUAUUUUUCACGCCCUAAUUUGCCCUCUGUUUCCUGGGUCUGUCUCUUUAUCUCCUUCAUUGCUUGCUUCGCCUUCGGCCAGUAGCCCCAAUUUCUUGUCGAGCAUGCCAUAGAGAAAGGCAAGAAGAGAGCUGCUUCUGUUUUUCUUUCUUUGUUUUCUGUAACAGACCCAGAAGUUUUAACCCAGAAGCCCCAAAUUCUUCUCUUUUCUUUCUUUGUUUUCUGUAACAGACCCAGAAGCUUUAGAUUGACGAGGUUGUCGGAAGCUGAAGAUGCAACAACUCCCUCUCAAGCUUUAACCGAAGAAGGCAGAGAGUUACCUCUUCCUCUUCUCUCUAUCUGAGGAGGGCAUUUUCCCACCAAUGCAAUCCCGCCACACCAUGCUCUCUGCUCAAUCUUUUGAUGUCGUUUAGUGAAAAAGAGAAACAUUUCCACCAUUCGGGUUUAAGUAAUUCCUCACUUAAUUGGAGUCGCCAUCUUUUGAUGCAGAGGUCUCAAGUUACUUCCUUGUUCGGAGCGGAUGCUCUUUGGAGAAAAGGGUAUACCGGUGCUAAAGUCAAAAUGGCUAUUUUCGACACUGGAAUACGUGCUGAUCAUCCUCACUUCCGAAACAUUAAGGAACGAACUAAUUGGACCAAUGAGGAUACUUUGAAUGAUAAUCUUGGACAUGGGACCUUUGUGGCUGGUGUUAUUGCUGGUGAGGACGCAGAAUGUCUUGGCUUUGCACCAGAUACUGAAAUUUAUGCUUUCCGUGUUUUUACUGAUGCACAGGUAUCAUAUACAUCUUGGUUCCUUGAUGCUUUCAACUAUGCUAUUGCAAUCAACAUGGAUGUGCUAAACUUGAGCAUAGGUGGACCUGAUUACUUGGAUCUCCCAUUUGUAGAGAAGGUUUGGGAAAUAACAGCCAAUAAUAUUAUUAUGGUGUCAGCCAUUGGAAAUGAUGGGCCAUUGUAUGGCACUUUAAACAACCCAGCAGACCAAAGUGAUGUUAUUGGUGUUGGUGGAAUCGAUUAUAGUGAUCACAUAGCCUCAUUUUCAUCACGUGGCAUGAGUACUUGGGAGAUUCCUCAUGGUUAUGGUCGUGUCAAACCAGAUGUUGUGGCAUAUGGGCGGGAAAUUAUGGGAUCCAAGAUCAGUACUGGUUGUAAACAAUUAUCAGGCACUAGUGUGGCAAGUCCUGUGUUUGCGGGUGUUGUAUGCCUGCUUGUUAGUAUCAUUCCUGAGAACAGAAGAAAGGAGAUUCUAAAUCCUGCAAGCAUGAAACCGACGAUCAGCGGUGUCGAAACUAUUUUUUUGAAAACAAAAAUUUAGUUGUCGACUUUAAAAAACAAGAAUUGGAGUCGCCACCGAUUCUUUAUUAAGGUGUGAUCGGCUCACCUUAAAAACGAUUCUGGUCUACGAAAUUUAAAAAAACGGGUUCGGGAGUCAGUUACGCACGAGGAAGGGUUAGCACCCUCGUAACGCCCAAAAUCGGUACCAAAUUGAUUAUUUUAUGUCUUGGUGUCGAAAAUUUAAAAAGAUUUUGUUAAACUCAAAUUUUGAAAUCUGAAAAGGAUAAUCAAUUAUUCAAGUCA